AAGCCGGCCACACUCUCCCCCUCCACAUCCCCCCUCUGGUUUGUUUGCUCGCUUGCUGGUGGAGCUCCCAAGGCCCCAGCGCCCCUGGCAAUCGGCUUCUCCUCCACUAGCCAAGGCACCACAGACCCACUUCUCGGCUCUCACAGGAUCCAAGCAGUCGAGCACAAAAGAAUUCGAUAACCAUGGCGUCCUAGAGGAGUCAAACCAGUAAGCCAAGAAUCGUGGCGCCGUAAGAGGAGAAGGGCCAAGAAAUGGCGAGAACCAUGGUCGGCGAUGGGAUGCGGCGGGGGCUUAGAGGCGGCUGGCGGCGGCGCUGACCGCAUGGAGGAGGAGGAGGCGGGGGCACCAUCAUCAUCCUCGUCGUCGCCGCCGCCCAUCGCGCAGCUGGGCUACGACCAGCUGCUGUCCGUCCUCCGCCUGCUCCCGCCCGAGGCCGUGCUCUCCUUCGCCGCCACCUGCCGCGCGUUCCGGGCGUGGGCCUCCUCCGACGCACUCUGGGAGGCGCUGUGCCGCCGCGACUGGGGCGCCCGCACCGCCGCCGCGCUAGCCGAGCGCCGGCGCGAGCGUGGCGGCGGCGGGGUGCCGGCGCCGUGGAGGAGGGUCCACGCCGAGGUCGCCAGGCUAGGCACCCUGUCCGCGCGCCGCGUCCCCGUGAGGGGCGCCUCGCCGCGACCCCGCGCGUCGCACUCGCUCAACCUAGUCGCUGGAUGGCUCGUGCUCUUCGGCGGCGGCUGCGAGGGAGGUCACCACCUUGAUGAUACUUGGGUGGCUUAUACUGGAACUGGAGCUGGAAAUAGACUGCCUACUGUACUUAGCUGGCAGCAAUUAGCCUCUGGCAUUCCAAGUGGGCGUUUCAGUCAUUCAUGCACUCUAGUCAGGGACACAUUAGUCUUAUUUGGUGGAAUCACUGACCGGGGCCAGCGUUUAAAUGACACAUGGAUAGGUCAAGUUAUUUCUGAAGAACCUCGAAGGAUGCGAAUUUCAUGGAGACUGCUGGAGGUAGGUCCACUUGCACCACCUCCACGUGGAGCCCAUGCAGCCUGCUGCGUUGAUGAUAAGUUCAUUGUGAUUCAUGGAGGGAUAGGGCUCUAUGGCAGCCGGCUUGGUGAUACAUGGCUUCUUGAUCUCUCAAAUGGCCUCCGAUCCGGCAGUUGGCAUCAAAUAGGGAACACAUGGCCUUUGCCUCCACCUCGUUCUGGCCACUCUUUAACUUGGAUUGGUGGGACACGCAUGGUGCUGUUUGGUGGUAGAGGAUCAGAAUUUGAGGUUCUUAAUGAUGUCUGGUUGUUUGAUAUUAGUGAUCAUUGCCCAAAAUGGAAGGAGCUAAAGUAUGACUUGUCUAGUGCUCUUGGUGAAAUGCCUUUUCCACGGGUUGGGCAUUCAGCAAUACUUGCCUUGGGAGGCAAGGUCCUUGUGUAUGGCGGAGAGGACUCACAAAGGCGACGGAAGGAUGACUUUUGGAUCUUGGAUACACCAGCUCUACUUCAAUACGAGUCAGGUUCCAAGAAAAUGAUUAAAAGGAUGUGGAAAAAGCUAAGAAUUGAUGGUCAGUGCCCAAAUUACCGAUCCUUCCAUGGGGCGUGUGUAGAUACUUCUGGUUGUUGUGUGUAUAUUUUUGGUGGCAUGGUUGAUGGCCUUGUUCACCCUGCAGAAGCCUUGGGUCUGCGAUUUGAUGGGCAGCUGUAUCAAGUGGAGCUUGUGCUGCAUCUUUAGAAUGUGUAUGUUGUUCCCUUGUAAAUCUGAGAAAUUUCCUAGGUUUGAUCUUUAGCAUCUUGUGUAGUUUGUAAAAACUUCAUCUUAAAUCUGGAGGUCUCCCAGCAAAUAUUGAAAUGACCAGUACCACUACCAUGUCACCCAGCUUUUCAACAAUGUAAGGAUGCUCCAAAUGGUGUCGGCCUGUCAAUUGCUUAUGGGCGCACGCCCAUACCUGUCACUGAUCUGUAAAAGGAACAGUGAUCCUUUGUAUUUUUUUCCAUUAAGGACCGAUCUGUCUGUAUAUGUGGUUUGAAUCUUUAUUCCUUUAUCAUAUUCAUACGUUCCAAAGAAUGUCUGUCAA